UGUACCGGUGGAACCGCAGCCGCCUAAGACGCAAACUGGAGCAUUCGCUAUUUACCGCUGGCGAUAGCAGCAGCCUGGUCCAGUGCUUCCUCGGACGUUGCCGGGAUCGCACGUGCCCUCUGCCCACUUGAAUCAACCACGCACGUGCUCCUUUAAACCGCGAACUUUUCAACACGGCCAGUUCGAUUCAGUGCAAUAUUUCUUAGUGACAAUCGAGAAAGUGCCAAACAGUGACUCCCGAAAGGACCCUAGAUUACAAAGGAUAAUCAAUUUCGUGAUAUUCACGAGAACGCGAACAAAGUGGAGUGACUGUGCAACACCCUGGAGCAUUUAACGAAAAGCUUCAGUCAGACACAAUUAGCACAAUAUUCCCAUUUAGAAUAAUUGUUAUACAUUUAGAGAGCGCCCGUCAUCCAUUUGGAUGUGGUACAUGUCGACGAAGGUACUUGAAUGUGAUAAACAGUGGGAAGGGCUUUUGAAGACGAGAAGGUUUCUCGCCUGCACUCUCAUCGAAGUCUCCUUUUCGCGUACAUACGUUUCGUCAUCUGGUAAUAAAGCUCAAAAAUAAGAAAGGUACGAAACGCGUCGCAUAUACGAAAGUAAAAGGCAAUAAAAAAACAACAACAACAACAGCAACAGGUUCAUGUUUUGUGAAACAUCUCAGCGGGAAAUUAACAAAAUGCGGCCAACAAUUAGUAUGGUAACCCAGUCCUCCUUCGGCAGAGGCAUCGACAAACAAGUGGAACGGGUGUUGACGAAAAGGCUCUAGGAAGUGUGCUCACUCGUGCAUACUGCAAAAAAAAGCGCUGAGCAUCGCGGAGCCCGCAGGUGUUCUUGUGCUGGAUUUAGAAGGCGUGGUGGUCAAUUCAUCCAAUCGUGACCCCAGAUGCAUACGGACUCUUUAUCUAACUGUAAUUGGAAUUCCUUGAGAUUUGCAGAAGUUACUAUUCCAUAUUUUGUAGGCAUUGUUUACUUUGUCCUGUCUCCAAUACGUUCCGAUGCAACUGUUUAAAGCCAGAACGAUUCUCUAGUGAUUGCUUUUGUGUAGACGAUCAAGUUCCAUUUCAGUGUAUGACUUUUACAAAGAAAUAAACUCUUCAAACACUUUUGUAAGUGAACUAUAACAAUUACUCUGAACUUCUGUGAUAAUUGGGAAUCACCUGUAAAGUGUUACUAGUUAGGUGGACUAAAAUCCGAAGGAAGAUCGAUAACGAAAGGUCUUUUCCACUAUCUGAAUGAGCGUUGUGGAUUCUGCCCUCCCGUGGCUCCGGUACUUCCCCGCACCACCCUGCACGAUGCGCGAAAAAGACUCCUCUCCUCGCAAGAUGUUGGUGGCGACAAGUGGUCAUAGUUCUCCAAAACAAGCUGCCGUCUAUCCUCUUUCGAUUCGGGUACCACCUGGAGAUGACAUGCCAUUCGAUCUGUCCCGAAAUACCAGAUCUCCAGGUCCACACAUGUCUCCAGCAGGUAGGCCUCCUCCUGGGCCACAAGAGGGCGACGAUCAACCUCUUGAUCUCAGGGUAGAACAUAAAAAAUUAUCGCUCAUGAUCAUGAGAAGACAUGUCGAAGACGAAAACAGAAAUCUUAUAUCUCCGUCUGCUAGUGUAGGAAGUGAUAAAGAAGAUGGCACGGGAGAUCGAACAAGCCCUUCUAGCAGUCAGAGUAACAGCAUAAGCAACGAAAAUAAAAACUCCCACGCGGUUAAACCGUUUAACCCUCAGAUACCUGGCUAUCCGGUUUUAUUCCCUCCUCAACCUAUUCAUCCUAUGAUGUUGGCCAUGUAUGAGGCUCAACGUAGAGACAAAGUUCAUAACCUGCCAUUACAGUAUCCGAAUUCUCCUCCAGGAUAUCCUCAGAGGUAUCCGUUUCUGAGUCCGUCCAUACUCAGUCCUCCGGUUAAUCAAGUUCCUUUCGAUAUGCUUAGAGCUCCUCCACAAGCGCCACCCAAAGCAUUUCCAGACACACCAGCCAAUAAAAUGAAAGACAGAUAUGCAUGCAAGUUUUGCGGGAAAGUUUUUCCCAGAUCUGCUAAUCUCACACGUCACCUGAGAACACACACGGGUGAACAACCGUAUAAGUGCAGAUACUGCGAGAGAUCGUUCAGUAUAUCUUCCAAUCUUCAAAGACACGUCAGAAACAUCCACAACAAAGAGAAACCGUUUAAAUGUCCACUCUGUGACCGUUGCUUUGGUCAACAGACUAAUUUGGACAGACACCUAAAGAAGCACGAAGCAGACGGUCCGACGAUUUUGGACGAAAGAAAUCUUCAACGAAGAAGUUUAACAAAUAGAAAUGUGGGUGAAGAUUCGUACUUCGAAGAGAUAAGGUCUUUCAUGGGUAAGGUUACUGACGGAAGAAUAUUACCUCAAUUGCAAGGGUCGAGAUCUUUAGCCAACUUUCCUAUUCCUAUACCGCAGAAAAUUUACGAAAUGUCAAAACUUCAACUGCCUUCCGUUGACCAAACGCAGAAUUCAACGUCUCCUGUCGAAGGAAAAUCUUAUGGUUCAGACAAAGACAACCUAUCCUCACGAUCUUCAACAACAUCCGAAACCUCGAUAUCACCUAAAGAUGAAGAAAUGAGUGAAAAUAACAAUCACCAAAAGAAACAGUCACGGCAAGGUGAUUCCGAUGAGAUAUCUUCAAAAUGUAACGACGUUAAUAAUACCUGAUUUUCAUCAAACAAACAGCAACCUAUUUUCCAAAAAAAUGAUAAUGUGAUAAAAACAUUAUACUUCAAACACGACACACAGGAAGCAUUUACACAUCUGGUAAGGUACGUACUUGUAAGUUAAAAUUAUUGUACUAUCGCGAAUUGCUGUAAUGGCUAGGAAACUUUUGCAAAAGUCCGGAAAAUGCGAGAAAGGCAGCACGAGAUGUCUCAAACAGACAUGUGGCGGUCGUUCAGUUUUAGUACAAAAACAAUUCUUGUUAGUAUUAUUUUAUUACUUUUUGGAAUGAAAACGAGGAAAUGCGUCAGUUUGAUAAAUGUCGUGUUAACUUUCUCUGUAUAAGAAGCGUAAGUUUUGUAUAAUUGGAACUCGUAAAAGUAAUUUGUAUUCGAAUGCAAAUGCAACUUCUUUAACUGUCAACGAAGCAAAGUGCCACAGUUGUUUAUCGUCAUGCUCAACUUUUUGCCAAUUCGAGCACCUACUUUCACUGAUGGGAGCUAAGAAAAUAAUAGCUAUCGUUCUGAUCAGUUUUUUGCUAACAAGUGAACCUUUUUAACUCAAAAACACCGUAAGCAUCGUUUUUAAAAUGUUACCAGUGAGGAAGGUCUAUUCACUUUCAUUCCCUUUUUGCAACGAUACCAUAAAUUAAUUUGCAAUUCCUAACCAAUGUAUCCAAUACUCAUUAGAAAAGGAAGAGAUUUAAUGAAGCUGACACUUCAAACAUAGACAGGCGGGUUAAUGUGACAAGUACCUAGUAGUGUAAACUGGUAUUUAACGAACGUUAUAGACAGUGCAGAGGUAGGUAUAUGAUCGGAACCUUGUGCUCCAUAUUGCAUAACGAUGUACAUAGCAAUAUGAAUAAAAAGCUAAGGAAUCUGAAACCACCCAGCUAUGCAUUUUUUCGUAUAUCGGCUUAGAUUACCAAUGUUUCUUGAGCAGCGGAACACGUGCAGAAUUACAAUCACCACUACCUUCAUCCUUUUAGAUGUCCUUGCCAAGAUUAUGUUCUUAAUAUAAAUUUUCUGUGUCACACGCUGAUCUAAAUUUUAUUUUGUAUAUGCACUCAUUUUUCAUACAUUAUUUAAAUCACCAACAACAACGUAUCAACAGCCUACAGUUCACCGACUACAAACACUUACAUUCAUUUAUCUUUUCACAACUUGCUGUCAUUAUUGGCAUGAUAAGACACUAACAUUUCUCAAAUCAUACCAGCGCAUUAUUAACUACUUAUUACACGUGUAAGAAUUGUCAGCAAAGGUUUAAUGAUGGAUUUCUUCACUGCUGCACUGCUUCCUUCUUGAUGUACGAUAACCCUACUUUUUUCUUUUUUAACCUCAAUUUCUGUAGUUUCUUAAAUUUAUAUUCCUGUUAUUGUUACGAGUAAACCCCUGUGUUUUGGCCAUUUUGUAAAAAAGUCUGGUAGUAUCAACUUCAACUUUCUGUUGGAUGUGACGAAAUGUUCUUGUUUUAAUGGGUUUACUGUUACGGCUUUAAAGAUCAUUCGAUUGUUUAAGUUAUACUUGAAAAAGUAAAUCUUUACACAAUGGCGUAACCUGUUAUAAACACCCACAGCAUCAUUAGGUACUUGAACUGCAUUAGAUGCAUGCAAGUACGAGAAAAACAUACGUUCUCAGAUCAAGUAGGUGCCUCCACCCAGCAAAUCUCUUGUAAUGUGUACGUCCAUUUUUUAUGUUUAUGUCUCUUUUUCACUUGACUAGCACCCAAAAAUUUCACAAGGGACUUCGCCUACGCGUAACUAUUGCAGCGAAGUGCUCUUUCAGUUAGUAAAGUGGAACCAACUUUCCAAAAUUACACAAUGAAUUAAUCAGAUCAAGUUCUCACAGAAGGAAGUAAUUUUGAUCCCAAAUCAACACAAAAGUGCAUAGGGAUUUUAGUGUUUUCGUUUGUUAGGUUCUGCAGAACAACAAAUAAAAAUGAUCGCCACAUCGUAGAUUUUGUGAUAGAUUCCAGAAAAAGUGUUAAACAACAGAAAUGACGUGUGAACUCCAAUGGUGAUAACCAUAAUAACAAAAGUCCGUACAAAUCUUACAGCUAGACCGUUAAUUCUGUUGGGUUCUGUAAAACGAUGUUAGAACAACAGUGGCCGCAUCAUAGAUCCCUGUGAUACGCCCCAGUUUAGUUGUUAUGUUCUAUAAAAGUCGAAAACCUUUCGAUUUCUCGCGUUCUUGGAAACGGAUCGUUAAUUCUAAGCCCGAGUCUCUUUAUAUUCCGUAAAGGUGGUAAUAUACAAACACCCACGAGGCAGGAUCAUCUGCUUAUGGAAGCGGAGCAGCAGAUUUGCAACAGCGAUCGCAGGAAAGCGCCAGGCCACGAGAGAGCAUGCAUAGAGCGCAGUUAUCCGUGGUAUUUGCAUAGUAAGGAGGGUGUGUCCCAGCUGUUGGUUGUAUUGUAGUUGCAAAGAGGUGCUGUCGACGCCGUCGCCACUUGCCUUCGUUUUCGUUAUAAAUUGACGAUAUAAGUACAAAGCUUAACUUAACCUAUCGGCUAUCACAACACAUAAAUGGCAUAAUGCGAUGCAUAGAAACCUGUCUUGCAGUUUCAGUAUCUUUUGUAUCAUGCUUUUUCGAUUGUAAUUUGUAAAAAAUUUUGUUAUUUCUGGCAUCAAGAAAAAUGUUGAAAUCUCUUUUUAAUAGUUCGUUGUCGUAAAGAUUUAUGGAUACAGUGUAAUAAUUAUCGCGAUAAAUAUUUUAAAUUUUUACAGAAUUAUUAACACAUUGUCAAACUUUAAUUGUUCAUUAGUAUAUUGUUUAUGCUUUCGUCUAUUUCUUUUAAAAUUAUUCUACAAUAUAACGACUUCUAAAACUAGGCCUUAGUGAGUCUCGGAUUCUGCCAUAACUAGGUAUCAUACACGUAAUGAUACCGCUGGAUUCAAUAAAUAAUUUAAGCAGAACUCAUUCAUUUUAUUUUCGUAAAUUCUACCAACUACGUACAUAGAUAUUUAUGUAUACGUUUCCUUUAAUCUAACGCCUGUUUAACGACAGGAUUUUAAAAUGACUGUUGAUGGACAUGGGUACUUUCAUGCGUUAUCCGCAGCGUUACAGUUACUCGCCUUUGGCAAGUAAUAAUUUUUCCGUUUUCGCAGUUUCCGAAACAAAUUACAAAUGUUAACUUAAUCUAGAUCUUUAUUGGCAACAUAACAUAGAGGUGUAUGGAGAAUCAAACGAGAGAGUAGGUACCUAUAUACCAUAUAUACAGUUAUCGUUCAGUACAUUUAUCUAUUUUAAUUCCCGUCUGUUACUAACAUUAUGGGCGUAUAUUUUCAACCGUUAUAUAAAGCGGUCUUUUUGAUGUCGUUUGCGGCACUGACCUUACGCGAAUCUUUGAGUAAACGUGGUAGAUACAGCAUCGAGAAUCAAGCAAGCGAGAAAGAAAGAAUGAAAUAAAGAACGAAUAAAAAAAAAAAGAAAACGAGUUGAGUGCUUGCGGGCCAAGGCAGAGCCCCGAGGUUACGUAAUUGAUUUGUCGAGUGGCUUCGUGCAUGUGGCACUGCUUCUCGAAUUAUAAAUGGCCUGAACUGGUUAAAAUUAACACCUUUAUUCAGAGGACGAAAUCGAUAUCGACCAUUAAUCACAGCCUGCUUGGACUGCAACAAGCAGCCUCCUCGUGAAUCUCGUUGCCCUGAUGAAUUAUUAAUACGUCACGAUUAUUCUCUUUUCAAUUGCCUUAAUCUUAUCAGACGCUCCGUGUAAGGAGCACUUGCCUUUGUGACAAGCUACUAUUAAAAUGUUUCCUUGACUUGGCAUUUGCAUUUAUUAGGACCUUGCGAUUUCUGCAGAAAAUGUAGCGAUUCUAAAGAAAAACGGAACUUCAAAUGCCCUAAGAAGCAUCGUCAGGUAAAAAUGCAAAGGGUCCUCUCCAGAAACCAAAAAGAGACAAUACUGAAUACUGAUAAAACACAAUUUUAUAAGACCAAUCGGCAAAAUAUGUAAACUGAUAAAUAAAAGUAUCAUUAUUUUAUUCAACCAGAAAUAUAUAAAUUCUAAAACUUUGCAGAUACUAUUCUAUUACUUUAAGCUACUUCAAUCACACUAUUUUACUAAACUCUAGUAAUAAUAACCUCGAUAAUCCGAACCCCCGCUAAUCGGAACGCCUCUAUAAUUCGAAGGACAUCUCCGUCCUGGUCACCCGGUCUUUAAGACGCUAUCACCCAGUGAUUAAAUAAAUUCGCAGUACUGUGGUAUUCAUUUUAGGUGCUACACGUCGAUUUUUUGUUCGUCGCGUGAAAACGAAGAUGUAUUGGAAGAAUCCAAACCGCAACAAAUAUUCCACAUACUUCAGUUGUGUCUGCAUUAAUUCAUUGCUUGGAAUAGGCUAGUGAAGUGCCUAUAUAUUUAAUUCCAGGAAAACUGCUAUUGCGUAAAUUGAGGGUCACUUAAUGAUACUUGCCCAAAUUCCAUACUAAAUUUUUUUAAAAAAAGUGUAAUAAUAGAUACGUGAGCACCUAAAAUACUUAAUAAUUUAGAUUAUUUUGUACCUUCGAUUACAAAAAUCUUUGUUUCUUUUCAAAAAAAUCUUUUCAAAAUAUCUAGAUACUGAAAUCCGAACGCUCCACAGAUCCGAACACAGUAUAAAUUUCGGUUGUUCGGAUUAUUGAGGUCCUACUGUGUUCUAUUUACUACAUAUCCAUCAAGGAUUCUCGAAUUAUCCUUAUUUGAAAAUCAAUAAAUAUGAAA